GGGGACAGCUGAGUUUAUAAGACACCAGAGCACAGCCUUCGAGACCAAUAGUCGCAAAACGGUUAACGCGUGGUGUGCACAAGAAACAUUCUGCCCAAGAGAUUUACGAAAAACGAACUAUCGCUUUCGCACGACCGAUCUCGACCGGAUAAUCGAACACGGAAAUUUCAAGGAACCGCGCACGACCGAUCAAUCUUCCUUCGAGGAAGAAAAAACGCUGACGACUGAGUGGCUGGAGUCUAUCUACCAGCGAACCAGUGAUAACGUUGGGUAGUAAAAAUCACGAAACGACAGAUCGAAUUUUGUCGCGGCUAACGUAUCAACGUUACCACACGACACGAGAGAUCGUUCAAGGAAUUUACCCUGUGACCACGAACGACUACUAGUUGAAUAUCUAGAAGAAGGAACAGCACCAUCAGCAGGGAGACUUUCGAUCACACGAUAAAGAGGAUCAAGGGAAUGACGGGAAGGUCCAGCACGAAACGGACGGGCCUGUGUCUGCUGGCACUGUUGUUGUCCUGCCUCUCCAACGACGUUUUCGUCGUUGGAGAGCCGGAGCCGAUACCGUCGGAGCUCCUCUAUAGCAAAAGCUUUAUCAACAACGCUGAGAAUCUCAUAUUACUGAACAAGCUGAAGCAAGUGAUCGAUGAGAAGGAGGAAAUAGUAGAGCAAGAAAAGACACUGGACGACGUACAAAUGAUGCUUCAAACGGUAUUGGAAGCGAGGGCGAAAGACGAUAUGAGGGUUCCACAGAGUGAUUACUCUGUCGAGGAGAUACCAACACCGAAUCCCCCGCAUAAACAGGUGCAACGUUCCGGAAAGCGUACCUCGAUAAGCUAUAUGACCUUGUGUCACUUCAAGAUCUGCAACAUGGGACGCAAGCGACAGUUACACAAGUAAACGAUAAACGGAUCGUUUGCUGAUGACGGCCAUAUCGAGAUUGGUCGAGCCUCUUGCGCGGUGCACCCUCUGACUCGAACACGAUACGAAACCCGCGUGCAAACGAGAAGAAACUGGACCAGAGGUCGCACUCGGAUCUCCGAACGGUGCUCGCGACGCAGCGGUUAAAUACCAGGAAAGGCGACGAUCCACCAUCGAUCCGUCGAUACGUUCUUUUUAAAUUUUUCACCGGAAUUUCCAACUCGAUCGACCGGCUGCCAUCCAACUCGCAAAACAAUCGCGACUCUGAUUCUGUGACUUCGACUCCGACAUCGAUUCCAACUCUCAUUGAACGUUUUUCAUGCAAUUUAUCUACGACACCUUGCAGCCAUUCAAACGCUUUCGCACCGCUUAAACAGCUUUGCACGCGACGAAUCAAUUCCAAACCGAAUCGCUUUGAGAGAAACGAGAGGUAAAGAAAGGUACAAACGAAAGAAAAAGGGAAACGAAAGGGAAAUAUCGUAUCCUCGUGUACAGUUUGCGGGAUGUACAUCAUGUUCCGCUCUCGUGCCGAGAGAUAACAAGGAAGAAAUAAUUAUUUCGCGAUCAAAUUUCUGACGCACGGUCGUGUAACUUCCUAAGUAAAAAAGCAAUUUCAAUGCUUGAGUUUUUCAAAUAUACCUACAUAUGUAUCCAAAAAUUGCAAGUGGUCUUAUAGAAGGAAAAGUGAACGGUUACUAUUUUGUCAAAAUGGAUACGAGUUCUCGCGGGAGAUCGAACGUCGAACGAGUAUCGGUCUGUUCUGUUUGCACCGCGACGACCUCUUCGAGCUACUUGUUCGAGAGGAAUAAUUGAUAGACAAAAGUGUUCGUCCCGACUGGCUCGGGCGAAUUUCUCGUCCCUUCCUCCCCCAUCACUGAAAACACAUCGCGGAUGCAACGAUGACAGCAAAACACGAUCGGAUGCACGCGUUUCGCUUGUAAUAUUCAGCAGUAUCAUCUCAUUCGAUCGAGGACACUGCAUUCGCGGCUGAAUAAUUAUUUCGCCCCGUUUAAUUGAACGAGAACGCAAUAAAAUUAGGUAUCUCGACGAAGCUUAGCGGCUAAUUACCACUUCGGACGACUCGCUAAUCUCUCCGAAAAAGAAACUAUAGUUUGUAAAAAGUUGCUCCUAGACGAUAUACUCGGGUAUAGAAUUAGCAGACAGACAGUUGGACGGACGGACGGACGGACGGACAAACACAGAGGAAGAGAAGAGAAAAAAGGAAGAAUGAUAUUUUUGGAGAGUGGAGUGUCCUCGACGAGCCAUCGAUAGAAAUCGAAAUGGCGAAUAGGUAUUUAUUCGUUAGGUUUAAGUGAGAAGGGUGCAAAGGCUGAGGCUCCAAUAUUCUCGAAACUGUCUUCUUUAAGGAAAACAAACAAAAAGAAAGAAAAUAAUGAAAUCAAUAGUAAGAAAGAAGAAAAAUUACUAUCACACGACGUGUACAGCUACAAAGAAUAUGGUUCUUCGACUUAGUGAUCUACAAUUUGUUACGGUACUUGUUUCAUUAUAAUAUGUAAGUUCAAGCUACGACAUACUCACAGAAAUAGAAUGUAAACGUUGCUAUUCGCUAA